UAUUUUAGCUAAAUAUAGAGCACUUAAUUAAAGCUUAUAUUAGCAAAAUAUUGAGUUAUUAUUGUUUAUUUUUCAGGCCAGCUGUGGUACAGAUAAGAAAAUGCCAGUCGUACAGCUUUACCAGCCAGCCAAUCCACAUGCUCUGAAUUUCAUGCAUGACUAUGUUAUGCGUUCAGGUGAAGCUUUUCUACGUAAAUCUAAGCUGAAAGAAAUCUCUGAUGACGAGAUUAAUAAGAUCGAAGAAAACACACGGGACCAGUCAGCCAGCAAGCUGUGGAAGGCGGAGCGCAGCAAGCGCAUUACCGCGUCGAGGUUCGGAUCUAUAAACAAAGCAACAGCGCGCCAAAAUUCAAAACUAUUAGCUGCCAGCAUCAUCGGGCAAAGAUCACUGACUACGCGAUACACUAGCCAUGGGAUCAAAUAUGAAUCUGUAGCGGUUAAGAAUUUCGAGAAAGCAUCGGGAUUGCUGGUGAAGAGAUGUGGAUUAUUUGUUGACAAGGAGUACCCUUUCUUGGCAGCUACUCCAGAUGGUGUAGUAGACGAUCAAAUCAUACUCGAAGUAAAGUGUCCAUUCGUGGCCAAGAACUAUAUGAUCAACGAAACCACAGUGCCUUAUCUAAAACGCGAAUGUAAUGGCAAAUUAACAUUAAGUACAUCACAUGAUUACUAUGCUCAAGUGCAAGGCCAGUUAAGAUGCUCAAAGAGAGAACAAUGUUAUUUUUGUGUUUUUACACUGAAAGAUUUCAAAAUAUUUACAAUUAAGCGCAAUGAAAAGUUUAUUGAUGACAUGCUGCAGAAACUAAAAUUGUUUUAUAAUAAUACAUUCGAACCAGUGAACUUGAGUGCCACAAAUGGACACUUUACUUCGAGUAUGCUUUGA